AUGGCGCAACCAACUGUCGAGCUCUUCAGCACUUCGAUCCUCUCCAACGUCAAGGUGCGCACGCGCCACGAGCGCUUCACCUCGGUGCUUGCCAUCAAGAAGAUCGCCUACGUCUACCACGAUCUCGCCUCCGAUGAUGAUGCCAAAAGCAGAUGGCGACGCAAGGCCAAGGAUCCACAACUCCCCGGCAUCUUGGUGAACAACGAAUGGGUCGGCUCCUACGACGACUUUGAAGAGGCCGUCGAGUUUGGCGAGCUCGAGCUCUUUCUUGGAGUAGCCGCGACUCAGCCAGCACUCACCGCCGAACCCCACCCGGCGCAGUCAGCAGUGAGCUCGAAAGAUCCCAGCCUAUACCCAACCUUGCCGUAUGCUGCCGAGGGCGCUGGACGCUGGAAAGAGCCCGAUGCGGACCAGUUUAUCGAUUCGCUCAACAUCGACGAGCAGGAUAUCGACGAUGCAGACGUCGAUGCGAUGCUCGCCGACAUCGGCAAGCUUUCCGUCCAGCCAUCUUCGACCGCAGAGAAAAAGUAUCAACCUUCCCAAGAGGCAGCCGUCAAGCCGCUGCGUCUGGCCAAGAUGGGUCCCAAAACUUGGCACCAGCGCAUGCCCUCCGGCUCUCCCAGCCCGGCCAGCAGCAACGGCACGCGAGCUUCGCCUAUGGCGCGCUACUCGGCCACCCAGCGAUCGACAAGAGCACUCGCCGCCGAAGCGGCUGCACUCACAUCCAACCGAAAGACCUCGGGUGCCUUGCUGCGCGACGCCGUCUCGCAGGGCAAGACGCUCGACGACGCCAUGGAAGAGAGCAGGAUGAAACACAUCGUCAGCCAGGACAACAUCGACGACCUGUUCGCUUCGCUGGGCCUUAGCAACGUCGACAUUGGCGAUGACGAGGUCGACCAGUUCUUGGACCAGGGCGCCAUCCCGCAGGGCCUCCGUCUUGGUGGUGAUCGCGUGCACAAGCCGAGCUCGGCAGCCGACAAGGCCCGAGACGAGGCGGUGGCAAGAGAUCUCGCCCAAAGGGCCAAGCAAAAGGGCCAUGGAUCGGCUCGCUCCAGCUUGCUCAAGGCCAGUAGCGACUCUUCUCCUCCGACCAGAGCGGCCGUCAAGGCGACCGAGGCAACGUCAUCCGCCCCUGCUACAGAAUCAUCUUCACAGCUCCCUGCCUCGACAGAAGACGAGGUCGAGAGUGCUGCAGCAGCAUCCAAGGUCGACUUGCUGCAGGAAGCACCGGUCUCGGCGCCAAAAGAAGAGGUCGAGGGCUCUUCGCCGUCGAAGCCCGAGCACGAAUCAGCGCCGAGGACGGCAGCGGCAGCUUCGCUCUCUGAAGCGCCCCUCGUGUCAGACGAGCAAGAGCAUACACCCGCAUCCGCGUCUGUAGAUGAAGCGGAACCGAGCACGCAGGCUCCCGAAAGCGAGACGGACGAUGCGGCGCAAGCAGCAGCGCCAAUAGCCCCGACGGACGCAGCAGAGGCGCUGGAGUCCGCGGCGCCCGUCGAACCAGUCGAGUUAGUCGAGGCCGUGGAGACAGAAGAGGCGUCUGAGCCAGCCAAAGCCGUCGAGGCAGCGGUGUCCGUAGAGGCAGCAGAAGCAAGGCAUUCAUCAGAAGCAGUCGAGGCAUCGGCAGCUGCUGCCGAAAGCUCGAGCGAUGCGAUCGAGCACACUCGCAGCGAAGAUGUCGGAUCUUCCGACACUAACGAUGCACAAAAAGCUUCCGCUCCUCCAGCAUCGCAGGAUACCGAGGCUUCCGUGCAGGCAAUCUUGACGCGUGCAAGCCUGGAAGAGCCUUCUGAGGAGCAAUCCAAGGCCGCACCAGCUCCUCCCUCCGCUCAUAGCCAAGACGCAGAUGUCGCACCGUCGCACGAUCAGCUCGAGCCAUCAGCCAGUUCGGCAUCCAUCCCGAGCGAUUCGCACGCAGCAUCGGAGGACGUCGCCAAGGCCAAGGUGCCCGAUGCGGCCACCGAGGCGGCAGUGCCGGUCAAGAUGCCAGAGAUUCCCACGCGAGCCGACAGCCAGCCAGGCGCAUCAAAGGUCGACACCGGCGCGCCGGCUGGAGCCGACGACGAGCUCCAGCUGGAAUUGGCAAACGCAGCGAUGAUCGCUUCGCGCUACGAAGAGCACCGCUCCGAGGCUCUUGAUCCCGUCGCCGCCUCCGCCGAUGCCGAGCAAGAGCCCGUCGAGGAACUCACUUCCGUGUCGGCGCCUCAGCAGACCACCUCGUCGGAGGAUGCCGCCGCCAAGGUGCCCGCCACGACCUCUUACACGUUGGCACAGAGUCCCGGAUCGGCCGACACGCACGCAAGCAUCUCGGACGUCGCUUCCAGUAGCCGCUCGAGCGCUGCAACAAAGCACGGAUCGCGCCAGGCUUCCUCGAGCUCAUCCGUCGGCGCAUCCUCGUCAUCUCGACGCGCAUUCGACGUCUCGAGGCCGAUUGUCCCAACAAAUGGGCCGCAACCGCUUCCGCGCUCGUCGAGCUCCGAGCUGUCGACCUCGCCCGACGCCAAGAAGAAGCGCACCGGCCUACGCGGCUUCAGCCUUGGCAGAGCGGACAAGGAGAGUGACUCGGCGAGCCGAGGGCGUUCAGCAUCGGGUCCCGCCAAGACGGUGGCUUCCUCGCGACACGAACGCACCAUUUCGCAAAUCCUGCGCGAAGCCGAUGCUGUGCUGCAGAUGGACGACGACGAGGACGGCUCGAAUGCAGGCGCCGGCGAAGACGACGUCGACGACCCGGCCAUCUUUGGCAGCUCCAGCGGCGACAGCAGUGCGCGGCGUGGCGCCUUGUGA